AUGGAGAAAUUCAAGAACUCUGGUACAAUAAAGCGGGCAACGAACGCUUUGAAUAACAGGGAUAGUAAUAGAGAUGGCGCUGUAAUCAACCAACAGACCAAUAUGCGUGGAUUGACGCAGUAUAUUGCAGAUCUAAGAUCUUGUAGGGUCAGGGAGUUAGAAGAAAAGCGUAUAAAUAGGGAAUUAGCCCAUAUUAGGCAGCGAUUCAAGGAGGGAAAUAUGACUGGUUAUCAAAAACGUAAAUACGUGGCUAAAAUUCUAUUCACUUAUAUUCUCGGUUACAAAGUUGAUAUCGGUCAUAUGGAAGCUGCUAAUCUUAUCUCUAGCACGCGUUACUCUGAAAAACAGAUGGGUUAUCUUGCAUUAACGCUAUUGCUACACGAGAAUAGCGAACUCACUCGUCUCGUUAUCAACUCUAUCCGCAAAGACCUCGAUGAUCUAAACGAAGUUAACAAUUGUCUCGCUUUACACGCUAUUGCUAAUAUUGGUGGUAUGGAAAUGGCUGAGGCUUUGGCAGAGGAUGUUCAUCGCUCUCUCAUUUCUCCCACUUCAAACAGCUUCGUUAAGAAGAAGGCUGCUCUCACUCUACUCAGAUUAUACAGGAAGUAUCCCGAUAUCGUCCCCAUUAGAGAAUGGGCUCUGCGUAUCGUUAGCGUCAUGGAUGAUGAUAACCUCGGCGUUAGUUUGACUGUCACUUCGCUAAUUAUGACCCUCGCUCAGAAUGAUCCAGACGCUUUCGCCAUUUGCUACCCAAAGGCUGUUGAUAGGCUUACAAAGCUCAUCAUUGAGAGAAAGUACUCUAGUGAUUAUGUUUACUACAAAGUGCCCUCUCCUUGGCUCCAAGUCAAGCUUCUCCGUCUGCUGCAAUAUUACCCACCUUCAGAGGACGCAGCAAUCCGCUUAGCAAUUAACAACGUCCUCAACGCUAUCCUCACCAACUCUCAAGAUAUACCAAAGAACGUUCAACAUGCAAACGCUCAAAAUUCUGUACUCUUUGAAGCCAUUAACUUGUCUAUACACUUGGACACCGGGUCUUCGAUUGUCAGCGCUGCGAGCGUACUCCUCGGCAAAUUCAUUCUCAGCAAAGAGACAAACGUUAGAUACCUCGGAUUGGAUACAAUGGCUCACCUCGCUGCAUGUGCCGACACCCUCGAACCAAUCAAACGUCACCAGAAUACUAUUCUCCAAGCUUUAAAAGACAAAGACGUUAGUGUGAGGAAAAGGGGUCUUGAUUUACUCUUCAGUAUGUGCGAUACUGUCAAUGCAAAGCCAAUUGUUUCAGAACUGUUGGCCCACCUCCAAAACGCUGACUAUGGAUUGAGAGAGGAGAUGACAUUGAAAAUUGCCAUCCUUACUGAAAAGUUUGCCACUGAUUACAAGUGGUAUGUUGAUACUAUUCUCCGACUCAUUCAAAUUGCCGGUGAACACGUCGGUAAUCAAGUUUGGUAUAGAGUCAUCCAGAUUGUUACCAACACGGAGAGUCUUCAGCAGUACUCUGCGCACACAGUUUUUUCAUUUCUUCGUCAGCCAGCGUGUCCUGAAAACCUCGUCAAAGUUGGCGCGUACAUUCUCGGUGAAUACGGUCACCUCAUUGCUGACAAUCCGGGGUGCUCGCCGAUUGAGCAAUUCAACAUUAUUCACCUAAAAUCCAACUUUUGCUCUGCAUCAACGCGCGCUUUAUUGCUUACGACUUACAUCAAAUGGGUUAAUCUUUUCCCAGAAAUCAAAGACAUACUCGUCAAUGUGUUUGACAAGUAUAGAUACGUGCUAGACACUGAAUUACAGCAAAGAGCGUCCGAAUAUUAUGCUCUUGCAACACGAAACGACAAUAACGAGCUAUUGCAGAUAGUCUGCGAUGAGAUGCCGCCUUUCCCAGAGCGUGAGAGCAACCUUCUCACCUCCCUUGAUCGCAAGCACGACGAUACACAAGACUCAAGAACGUGGGUUAUUGGCGGAAAGGAAGCCAACCGGGAUCGUAACAUAGUGCGCGCCAAGUCGCUCAACAAGAAGGCAGAAGGUGGUAUCUUGCAUAAAGGACCCGGCGCCUCGCCGACACUCGAUGGUAAUCCAACGCACCAAACUGGUCAGCUCCAACCACAACCUGAUGCACUAAGUCACGAUCUGAUCGCGCCGUUCCCUGAGAAGACGACGUCAGGUGUCUCUCUAAGUGCUGCAGCCAUCCAUGUCGUCAGAAACGACGCCAUCGAUAGUGAUUUCAUGGAGUUGCUGUACAACUACGAAGGUGUUCUUUAUGACUCAGACUUCUUGAGGGUCGUCGUAAAGUCAGAAUACCAUGGACCUCUAGGCAGACUGCUUCUACAAAUUUUCAACAAGGUUGCUUCGGCGACGCUCACCUCAUUCAGUGCUACCAUCGACUCGAGCGAUGAAGAAGCUCUCAAUAUUACCUUUCCUCAAAUGAUGUCCAACUCUAAGAUCGUCGGCGGGGAGUCAGUACAGCAGUCCGUGCAUGUUGAGUGCAGGAGUGUAUAUAGUGAGCCUCCAACUUUGCGCAUGAGCUAUAUCGCGGGCUCGCACCAAACUCUGGCCUUGCGCUUCCCCGUCCUCCUCUCGAAGUUCCUCGAACCCGUAGAGCUCUCACAGACGGACUUUUUUGAGCGGUGGAAGCAGAUCGGCGGUGCGCCACGGGAGGCUCAAAUCAUCUUCCCGAUCAGCCUUAAAGCAGGUAGCGUCGAUGGACAGAAGACGAAUGAAAUCUUUACCGGUAACAGAUUUAGCGUUUUACCGAGCGUCGAUCCGAAUCCCGGAAACUUUGUCGCGGCGGCUGUGUUGCACAUGUCAGUGAUAGGGAAAGUAGGAUGCCUGGUACGGUACGAACCCAACCAAAACGCGAAGCUAGCUCGCUUAACUUUGCGCACGACCAAUGAAGAUGUCUCCAUCAAGUUGCUAGACGUGUUGCAAACGCAACUUUCAAGCAAAAAUUAA